GACGUUUCUGCGUGUGCUUUUAUUUUGAAAAGAAACAUUACUUUAAUUUCACUGUAACAUGUGGGAGGAACUACUUCCGGUUCUACAGUGGCGCUCAGAGAUCGUGGCACAAAGGGAACAGACUAUGCCUUUCCUGCACGGCUUCAGGAGGAUCGUGUACGAGUACCAGCCGCUGGUGGAUUCUGUGAUGCGUGUCCUGGGAGUAGAAGGAGAAAACCAGCACAGGCAAGAUGAUGAAGAAAGACUCUCUGGGGCUCUCGUGGAGCUGCUGGACAGAGAGUCUCAGUCUCCCGUCUUCAUGGAGGGAAUCAGUUACUCUCUGUUUCGAGUGGCUGAUCUCGGGUUGGUCGGCGCGGCACAGGUGCUUCUGCGUUACGGAGCUGAUCUCAACUUUGAAGACCCUGUAUCGUACUACAACCCCUUACACAUCGCAGUGUUGAGGAACAAGCCAGACAUGGUGCAGAUGCUGAUAUCUCACGGAGCUGAAAUCGAAAAGAGGGACAGGAUUCAUGAAAGCAGCCCUCUUGAUUUGGCCAGCGAGGAGGUGGACAAGCUGCCGUGUCUGCGUGUGCUUCUGGAUUUGGGUGCUGAUGUGAAUUCAAAAGACAAGAAUGGAAAAACUGCACUGCUUCAUGCUCUAGCCAGCAGCGAUGGACUCACGGUCAAUAAUGUGGACAAUAUACAGCUGCUUCUAGAAAGAGGUGCAGAUGUGAACGCCACCACACAUGACGGCGAGACCCCCAUGUCCUCGCUGACGUUCCUGGUGAAGGAGGCUCUGGACAGCAGCACGGAGGAUGCGAAGGAGAUCGGGCACUUCUGUACCCGGAUGGCACAUCUUCUGAUCAGCCACGGCGCCGAUCCCAGCUGCUGCUUGAACGCCACCGACGGGGAAGUGUGGGAACAUUCACUAACCUACACCAGUCUGGAGAACUUCGACUUGCUGUUUCCCCUGACCGCCCUUCUCCUCCAGCAUGGUGCUACCUUCUUCUGCUCUCACCACAGCGCCUCCUACUGGACAGGUCAGCAGUUGAUAUUCACGCGUCUCACUGAAGCUCUCCGGGAAGCUUUAGAUGCUGCCGAAGCGGCUGAUGUUGUAGCUAAAGCUGAAGUGCUGUUGGAUCUGGCCAGGAUCUGCUCUCCGGCCGUUCCUCCCCUCUUUCCCCGCUCACAACUGCCCGCGCUGGACCAGGUCUCUGCCCAUCAGUCCCUGCUGGAGCUCUACAGCAGGCUAGAGGAGCAAGAAAGGCGGCCGCUGACACUGAGAUGCCUUUGCAGGAGACUCAUUCGCCACUGUCUGCGGCCCUGGCCCUUUGAGGAGAAGGUGAAAGCCCUGCCACUGCCAGACAGACUGAAGGACUCGCUGCUCCCAGAGAACAGCUGGAGGGACAGAGCCGGCUGGGACAGAUUCAAACCUCGACGUUCUCCACGCUGAGAGACACAUUUUAUUUGUGUGCUUGUAAAUAUGGAGCCCUUAAUGACCACUGCAUUCAUUAAAACUAAGAUAAAAGAUA